AUGAGAGGCUCAAUUAUUGAUGACGUGAACGCUGGGUGCCUGCGGCAACACGAGUACCUGCGCCGUCUCACCAAUGCCACGAGUGCCGUUGAUUCAGUGCGCCCUGGUGACAUGGCUGUCUCAGCUUGUCAAAACGUCGAUCUUAUCUUCACAGGCACCAACUGGUGUCACCGAGUGUCGGCCAUUCGGUCAUACAACAACGCAGCAAACACCAUGAAAGCACUUUAG